GAUAUUGAAAGGGUACCAAAUCCUAGAAACAGCAUGGCUGCCUCCCUGCAGACCCAUGAAAAGAACAUGCCCAAGCUUUUGCCCUCGAACCCGAGCACCAAGACACCCAGCCAGCUGGAUGGCCUGUCCAACACUAUGCAGAAUGCCGCCAGCAUCGAGAGCUUGAACCUCUCCAACAGUGAGGUGAAGUCUGCAGGGGAGUUGGACGAGGGCAAAAGUCUGCAGCCAGAAGAGAUGAGUACCGAUAGAAGUGCCCUGUGCACCGCCCUCCCUGAUAAAUCAACCAACAUAAGCUCCAUCCUGGAAUUGUUUCCCAAGUUACUAUGCCUGGACAGCCAGGACUCACCUUCACCAACCAGCCUCAGUAUUGCAGCCCACAAGAGGUUACCGACCUGCAAGGGAAGCUUCUUUGGAUCUGAUGCCCUGAAGAGUCUAGUCCUGCAAUUCCUGCAGCAGUACUACUCGAUCUACGACUCUGGAGACCGUCAGGGUCUCCUCGGUGCCUACCACGAUGAGGCCUGCUUCUCCCUGGCCAUUCCCUUCAACCCCGAGGAGUCAGCCCCGUGA